AUGUCUGAUACGUUCAGCAGCGAGCUCGAGCGUGCCGAGAAGCAAGCGUCGCAUCCUAAGGAUGCUGCAUCGCUUGAUCCCUUCGGCAGUGAAGUCGGCGCGGCGGUCGCUUAUAAAACCUGCUCGUGGUGGCAUAUUGGCGCACUCAUGGUCGCCGAGACGAUUUCUCUAGGCGUGCUUGGUCUACCGCACGCUGUGGCGAUGCUCGGUUUGGUCCCCGGCAUCCUCCUCAUCGUCAUCCUCGGCUUAUAUGCCACGUACACCGGCUACGUCAUCGGCCAAUUCCGCAACAAGUAUCCAGCCGUUGCCAACUGGGCGGAUGCUGCAGGCAUCGUCGCUGGCCCAUGGGCCUAUGAGAUCAUCGGCCUUGCGUCGAUCCUCCUUAUCGUCUUCAUCAUGGCUGCGCACGUCUUGUCAUUCUCCAUCAUGAUGAACGUCCUCACGGAUCACGCGACAUGUUCGAUCGCCUUCGCAGUAGUGGGCCUGGUUGUCUGCUUUAUCGGAGGGCUCCCCAGGACAUGGAAGAACAUUUCCUACACCUCCAUCGUUUCUUGUCUAUCAGUCAUCUUCGCCGUCGGCAUUGCUCUCGUCGGCAUCGCUGUCGCUAAGCUUCCGGAUGCUGGCCACAUCGAUAUCAUCAAUUACGAAAGCAGCCUCCAGACGAAGGUCAUGGCCCUCAUGACCAUUAUUCUUGCAUACGCUGGCCACGUCGCCUUCUUCUCCUUCAUAUCCGAGCUCCGCGAACCGCGCGACUUCCCGAAAGCGCUCUUCUUCAUGCAAACGGUCAGCACGACCUUCUACUGCUUCAUGGGUGCCAUCAUCUACUACUACGCCGGCCCAACUGUGCUCUCGCCUGCGCUGGGCUCCGCAUCACCGAUCGUGCGGAAAGUCGCAUACGGCAUCGCCGCACCGACGAUCGUUGUCGCUGGCGUGGUCAACGGCCAUGUGGCGUGCAAGCAAAUUUACCUGCGCGUGUGGAAGGGCACGGAUGUCGUACACCAGAAGAGCUUCAAGGCAAUCGGGAGCUGGGUCGGCAUUUGUGCGGCGGUGUGGACGCUGAGCUGGGUCAUUGCGGAGGCGAUCCCUGCGUUUGAUGCCAUGCUUGCACUGAUCGGAGCGUUGUUCUGCGGGUGGUUUAGCUACGGCUUCAGCGGAGUGCUGUGGAUCUACAUGAACAAGGGGAAGUGGUGGAUCAGCAAGAGGAAAGGGUGCUUGACCGUGCUGAACGGUGCUAUCUUUCUGUGCGGUGCUUUCAUCUGCGGCGUCGGUCUCUGGGCUACGGGCACGGAGCUUGCGGCUGGCCACAGCGGGAAGUCAUUCUCGUGCGCAGAUAACUACCAUCCUUCCAACUGA